AUGAACGUGAUGGAAAAGCUAGGUUUAGCGAUACGGAGUGGAAAAGCAAAGAAACUGAACCUUAUGAUUCAGGUAGAACAAUGUGCUUGCCCUCCCGGAUAUAUUGGAACGUCAUGCGAGGAUUGUGCGCCCGGAUACGAGAGAUCUGGCCGUGGACCAUACCUCGGCACGUGUGUACCUAUUCAGCAGAGACAACCUCAAUGCACCGGGCCCGGAGUCACUUCUCCAUAUCCUGGUCAUGAUGGAAGAUGUACUUGCAAAACCUAUGUGCCGCAAGGACCUAAUUGCGAUCAGUGCCCACCGAACACGUUCUACAUGUCGGCCGGCAACCCACAAGGAUGUAUCCCAUGCUUCUGCUCGGGUGUUACUCAGCAGUGCUCAUCGUCCAGUUUCCGUCGUCAACUGGUAGAGAUCAACUAUCCACGAGGAGAUCGCGAUCAACUCGCGCUUACCACCUCCGAUAUUCGUCAGCCAUAUCAUCCACCCACUCCGGCCUACGUCAGUGGCCGAGCGAUCGAGUUUGUUAAUUUCAAUGAG